AUGGGAAGGGAAGUGCCAGCUCUGGUGAGGUCCAUCCACUGGUGGCUGAGCUCCAAUGUGUCUGCUGGGCACGUGCUGGAAAACACCAUUCUAGCACUGACCCAGGCACACCCCACGGAUGUCACCAUCAGCCUCCUGCGCUGUGCCCCCUCCUGUGACAGAGCUGCUGCAAUCAUGUGGAGGACCAUCGCCUCGUCAGGAACCACCCUGGAGAAGGUGCUGCCAGCGCUGCUCUGUGCGAUGGAGGACUGGCCAUGGCACAGCCCCUGCACCUCUGAUGGGGACAACACAGCUGUCUCUGCCCUGGCUGCAACUCUGGCACUGUGGAUGAUUGUCCAGGAGCCCCAGUGCCCAGGGCCAUUGAUGGAGUAUGCCCCUUAUCUCCUCGUGGCUCUGCUCUUCCAAGUUUUCAGCACCACAGAGCAGAUGUCAGAGGAGGUCGACACCUUCUGGAGGGGAUGCCGGGAGCAACACAACCUUCCCACUGACCCCAACAGGUUUGCAGUGCUGAGCAUGAAGGCCCUGCUCUGCUGCCUGCACUGCGAGGAUGUGGUGGUUUCAGUGGAACACAGUCGUGGCUGGGACACGCUCCUCAGAGCCGACACCCACCACUACGCAGUGGGUCUGCUAGCCAGGGAGAUGCGCCGUGUCUCCAGCCCCCUGUGUUCCCACAUCACACUCCACCUGCUGGAGCUGCUGAACAGGGAGGAGCUGUGCUGGGACCUCGCUGCCAUGGCAUUCCUUGUGGAGGUCCUGGACUGCCUGGACAUGCGUGACUGGGGAGGCACCGUUCUGCAGAGCCUUUCAAGGCACCUCCAGAGCCAGUGCCUAGAGAGGCGUCGCCUGGCGCUCCGAGGGCUCCUGGUGCUCAGCCAGGAUUCUGGGAUGGCCAAGAGAAUUUGGAGCCUGAAUGAAAGCCUCGUGCGGCUCCUGGGGGAUGCAGAGAGUGAUAUGGUUUGCAUGACGCUCUCGGUGCUCGACAAUGUGCUCUGGAGCAGUGUCUGGGCACAGCUGCAGAAGAGGGUCCACAGCGAAGACCCCCCAAUAUCCACCCCCACUGCCCUGCAGUUGGCUGAGGCACUCCGGCCACUCUUUGACCACGAUGACAGCAGUGUGCGGGAGGGCUCCAUGGUCAUCUUCACGCGCGUGAUGAAACUGAUAGAGGACGCGGGAAAGAGUGCCCUGGAGCCACACGUGUGCCUGAGCCUGCUCCCGCUCUACUUCCACCGGCACGAUGAGAACCCAGUCGUGAAAAAGGCCUCUCGGGAAGCUCUGCUGGCCGUGACCAGGUUCCUGAACAGGAGGGAUCUUGGGCGCCUGGUCAACACCGAGGAGCCAUGGAGUUUCGGCGAGUGCCUGCUGAAAAAGGAGCGGAGUCGAGUGGCCGAAUACCUGCGCCAGGCCCUGCUGUACAUGCGGAGCCCACAGGAGCCCCUGCGAGAGGUGGCCGUCAGGUUC